AUGUUCCGCACUGACAGACCGCCAGUGCCUGCAGGAAUGGAGCAGUGGAAGGAGGCUCUCGAUACCCUCUCCUCACUCCUCAGCGACGAAAAUUUUACUAGUGCUCCGAUCGAGUACGUCUCUGCUGGCGGUUAUCUCGCCGUCACCUACUUCAAAAACCGCGAAACGACGGACGACAUAGACGUCGUCCGUGUCAACUACGGUUCAGACUGGGACGACCAUAAGAGGUCCAUCUUCUACGAUUGCGUCCGUACGGUUGCCAGUGUUCGCAACUUGGGCAGCGACUGGUUCAGCAUGUCCUUGGGUAUCACCGCGCCGGACGGCACGCUUCGCGAUGAAUGGAUCGCCAUUACGAAGAGGCAAAACAUAAUCCUCUACGAGUCCGCCAUGAUCAGGAUUUACGCGGCAGACCUCAAGUGGUGCCUAGUCUCCAAGAUAAAGAGGUACCCCCAGCUUGUCACUGUGGUCGGCAUGGCCAGGCUUGAGCAGAAGCAGAGAACUGAGAUAGAAGACAUGCGGAAUAUUCUCGCCCAUAUGAUGAAGGAGAGGAAAUUCAAGCCUGUGACAGAGAAGGAGUUGCGUAGCUGGUAUCCGCAAAAAGGUUUUAUCUUUCCGGGCGUUGUCAAUGAGGUGGCGGCGAAGAUCAAGGAGUGGCACCCAAACGACAUGGAGAUGUUGCGCCCGGAGGUCUGA